UAUUGUAUUAAACUCUACAUUAUCAUCAGAUUAAUUUACAUUUUUAGAUAAUGAUGUCAACUAUGAUACUUUAAAAUACAUGACUAUUAAUCGAUGUCCUGAAAUAACUGAAGUUAUACCAUCGAUAGGUGCAAGAAUUGCACUGCAAAAUUAUUUCUCCAAUAAUGAUUUAGACAAAGAAACAGAAACUCCUCCUGAGCGUUCUCUGACUUCUACUUCGACGCCUUCUGUGACUCCAUCUGAAGCACUCACCACUCUUAUGUCAUCAAAUACGAGUAUUGAUGUGUCUUUAGAUAAUGAAGCAUCAAUAAAUAGCGGUACAGUUGUAGAAAAUACUGUACAAUUACCAUUAGAAAUAUCUUCUGUUAAUGACAUACAAGAUGUUAUAAUAUUAAGUACUACAAAUGACGAGCCAGCAAAAAAGAAACAGAGGAUUGAAGCAGUUAACCACACGAUUGAAAAGGAUUAUUUACGAUUAUACUCAGAAAAGUAUAAAAACAUUCAAGAAAAGUUUCAUGCUUUAUUCGAUGCUGUGCUGAAUUUAAGAAGCAAGGAAUUGGAUUGUUCCAACAAAUUAUUGCUAGAUAUGUUAAGUGGCAAUAUUUCAAAUG